AUGGCCACAGUGGUGAAAAGGAAGAAAUCGCUAAUUAUCAGCACAACCUCGAUGAACGAAACUGAUACAAAUCUGUAUCCAGAAGCAAAAGAAGAGGAAGAGAACGAUAUAACGUCCGAUCCUCUAUUAGAAAGUGUCGCAAAAGAACCAAUGGAAUAUAGUCAGGAGGAGCUCCAUGACUUUACUUUAUCCGAUGAAUUGAUGGAAUUGCUCCAAUCUGUUAAGCAUGUAUGCUUAGUGGUAUUGGACAUGCUUUUACUGCAAAUUGUAAAGGAAAUUCUACCUGUUCAAUCUAAGCAAACUAGAAGAUUAUCUGAUCCCAGUGUUCCAAAUUUGACACAAAGCAACAGUAGUAUUCUCACCUCAAUUACCCAUAAUACCCAGCUACUACAAUUACAGACUCCCACCUCCACCAGAAGAGUACCUUUGAAAAGAAGUAACUCAACUCCUUCCAAGUCAAGCAUUGUGUUCAACGUACACAAUAUUCUGAAUUCGAGGCAGAUGAUUUAUUAUCAGCUACCUUAUUAUACCCUUUGUUGUUCAGUCGCAGCCUUGUUAAAUAAUAUAUAUUGCAUCAUGGAAAUAGCUCGUCAGAAAGAUACAGAAGAGGGUGAUUUGAAAGGAGAGGACUCGUAUUAUCAUCAUGAUGCGCCGCCUUUACAAGAAUUAUGUGAUAAAGUAUCACAUUUACAACAGAGAAAGAAUACUGCCUACACAUCCCCAGUUAGUAAAAAUAAUCAAAAACUUAUCACAUUAUGGCAUGAAAUGGAUAGCUUGAUAUCAGAUAUAUGUACUUUGGUGACACAACAACAACAAGAGCAACAGCCUUUAAGUGAGCCUCCCGCUUAUCAAGAAUGCGACUUUCCUGGGGUACAAAAGGCACCCCCAACAUAUGAAUCUCUUCAACUUGAUUCCUCGCCAUCAAGUUAUCAACAUUUGGCUGGCAAACAGUCAAACCAAAAAAACAUAAAUUUUCAAGAAGACUUUAGCUUCUUGUUGAAAGCCAUAGAAAAACUAUCGGACAUUGCUCCAAGACUGGAGAACCAGAGAGCUGGUUUACCCAGUGUACAACAACAAAAAGCGGCAGUCGGCAAGAAUGGAAGAUUUGUAUCUCCUUCAUUGGAGGGCCUCAUACUACAGAUACAGCAGCUUGCUCUAAGGUCAACUUCAUCCCAUCUAUUCCAGCGACAAAGGAUUGCAUUAACGUCACACUUUCAAAAAAAGUUGGAUUUUGCCUCUAUCCACCACACAUUCAGUCGGUUGGAUAGAGGAAGGCAUACCAAUCAAGAUUUCAUCAGCAAAAAGGAGAAGGCAGAGCAGAAUGAAGAGCUGUGUUUAAUUCGAGAUCUUACAAAAACCACAGACUUGUUGAUCAAGUCUUUGGAGAACAGAGCAUGUCUCUACCAAUCACAGCGCUUUAGUGUAAAUGAUAUCGAAGACCGACAAUCGUUUAUGUACGGACUAUUUGAAAAGGUGCAUAGUCUUGAGAGCUUUCGACUUGACAAUCAGGAUGCAGAAUUCUUACCAGAGUGCAAUCCGCAGACUGUCGAAAACGAUGAUCUGGAGCAGAUUAUGAAUUGUAUCCACAAAUUAAGGAAACCCUGUCUUGAUGAACAAAGAGCACGCUUUUUUUUGUAA